AUGGGCAAAAUGCAACUUUUGGCAAUUGUUGCAGUGCUAUUAGUCGUAUAUAGUGUGCAAGCCAAGGUGUACUUUCGGGAGGAGUUCUCGGACGGCGAUGAAUGGAGAAGUCGAUGGGUGGACUCCAAACACAAGUCUGACUAUGGCCAAUGGAAACUGACUGCUGGUGACUUCUAUGGAGACGUCGAGAAGGACAAAGGCCUCCAGACAAGCCAAGAUGCCCGAUUCUACGCGUCUUCAGCCCGCUUUGAGCCAUUCAGUAAUGAGGGGAAGAGUCUGGUCAUCCAGUUCACCGUCAAGCAUGAGCAAAAAAUCGACUGUGGCGGCGGCUACGUCAAGGUCUUUCCCGCGGACCUGGAUCAGGCAGCCAUGCACGGGGAAUCUUCGUACUAUAUUAUGUUUGGCCCAGAUAUAUGUGGCUACAGUACCAAAAAGGUGCAUGUCAUUUUCAAUUAUAAGGGACAGAAUCACCUCAUCAAGAAGGAAAUUAAGUGCAAGGAUGAUGAGCUGAGCCACCUGUACACGCUGAUCCUGAAUCCCGACCAGACCUACGAGGUGAAGAUCGACAAUGAAAAAGUAGAGUCUGGCAAACUGGAGGAAGACUGGGACUUUUUGCCCCCAAAGAUGAUCAAGGACCCCGAAGCCAAGAAGCCUGAGGACUGGGACGACCGCGCUAAGAUCGAUGACCCAGAUGACACCAAACCAGAGGAUUGGGACAAGCCAGAAAACAUCCCUGACCCUGAUGCCAAAAAGCCAGAGGACUGGGACGAAGACAUGGAUGGAGAAUGGGAGCCUCCCAUGAUCCCCAACCCAGAGUACAAAGGCGACUGGAAACCUAAACAGAUGGAUAAUCCCAAUUACAAAGGACCCUGGGUGCACCCUGAGAUCGACAAUCCUGAAUACAGCCCCGACUCAAACAUCUACAAGUUUGACAACAUAGCCGUGAUUGGUCUCGACCUUUGGCAGGUGAAAUCUGGCACCAUCUUUGACAACUUCCUGAUCACCGACGAUGUGAAGGAAGCAGAGGACAUCGGAAAUGAGACCUGGGGCGUCACAAAGGAACCUGAGCGUAAAAUGAAACAAGAGCAAGACGAUCUCAAACGAAAGGAAGAGGAGGAGAAAAACAAAGAGCAGGAUACACAAAUGGAGGAGGACGAAGAUGACGAUGAAGAUGAUGAAGAGGAUGAAGACCAGGAGGACGAGGAGGGACUUUCGGAAGGAGAUGAGGAUGACGCGAAGCCUAAAGAUGAGCUUUGA